AUGAUCGCACAAGGCCUCCGCAGAUCCAGCGCCGCCUCCUCCCAGGUUAGCAGGCUGGUGAAAUACAUUGCUAGUGCUAGAAGCUUGCAAGGGGACAGUUUUUCAGAGUCACCUGCCAGAUAUUACAGUUCUGAACCUUCACUUCAGGCGACAGAAGAAAAUGGGUUUAAGGGGCAUAGCAUGCUGGCUCCAUUCACAGCAGGAUGGCAGAGCACUGAUUUACAUCCAUUGGUUAUAGAGAGAUCAGAGGGUUCUUACGUUUAUGACAUCAAUGGGAAGAAGUAUAUUGAUGCUCUUGCGGGAUUGUGGUGUACAGCUUUAGGUGGUAAUGAGCCUCGACUAGUCAAAGCGGCAACUGAGCAAUUAAACAAAUUACCAUUCUAUCAUUCCUUUUGGAACCGUACAACCAAACCCUCAUUGGACCUUGCAAAUGAUAUUCUCAGCAUGUUCACUGCAAGGGAAAUGGGAAAGGUGUUCUUCACAAAUAGUGGUUCAGAAGCAAAUGACUCCCAGGUUAAACUAGUGUGGUAUUAUAACAAUGCACUGGGAAGGCCAGACAAGAAGAAAUUUAUUGCUCGCUCAAAAUCGUACCAUGGAUCAACCUUGAUUGCAGCUAGUCUGUCAGGUCUGCCAGCGCUUCAUCAAAAGUUCGAUCUACCAGCACCUUUUGUCCUGCACACAGACUGCCCUCACUACUGGCGAUUCCGUCUUCCUGAUGAGACAGAAGAAGAGUUUUCAACUAGACUUGCAAACAAUUUGGAGAAUCUUAUCCUCAAAGAAGGACCUGAAACAAUUGCUGCUUUCAUUGCUGAACCUGUAAUGGGUGCUGGUGGUGUUAUCCUUCCUCCAAAGACCUAUUUUGAGAAGAUUCAAGCAGUUCUGAAGAAGUAUGACAUCUUGUUAAUUGCGGAUGAGGUCAUUACUGCAUUUGGAAGACUAGGGACAAUGUUUGGAUGUGAUAUGUAUAACAUUAAACCAGAUCUUGUCUCCAUAGCUAAGGCUCUUUCUUCUGCAUAUAUGCCAAUUGGAGCAAUUCUUGUUAGCCCAGAAAUAACGGAUGUAAUCUAUUCGCAGAGCAAUAAACUUGGUUCUUUUGCUCAUGGCUUUACAUACUCGGGACAUCCAGUUUCUUGUGCUGUUGCUGUAGAAACCUUGAAGAUAUAUAAGGAAAGGAAUAUUAUAGAACAUGUUAACAAGAUUGCUCCAAGGUUCCAGGAGGGAAUCAAGGCCUUCUCAGGAAGCCCAAUUGUUGGGGAGAUACGUGGUCUGGGACUGAUACUUGGAACUGAGUUUGUUGACAACAAAUCUCCAACUGAUCCAUUCCCAGCUGAAUGGGGUGUUGGUUCGAUCUUUGGUGCUGAGUGUGAGAAGCGUGGGAUGCUCAUCAGGGUGGCUGGCGAUAGCAUCAUGCUGUCACCCCCACUGAUCAUGACUCCCAAUGAAGUUGAAGAAAUCAUAAGCAAAUUUGGUGAUGCCCUGAAGGCCACAGAGGAAAGGAUUGGAGAACUUAAAUCCAAGAAGAAUUAG